GGGGGACGUCACAUCUGGGCCACAACUGGGGUGAGGUCCAUGACCAUCGGUCCCGGAAACUUGGUAUAAGCGUUGAUAAUUGGUUCUGACUACUGAAGCAAAGGCAAGUGAAUCAGUGGCAACUGACAAUCCUUUCGUGAGUUCUGAUUGAACUGGAUCAGGAAGGCAGGACGAGCUAGGAAGUCGAUCAGACCUUAGGAGGUGCGUCCCCUCAUGGACCGCCUGUGCGACGAGCUGAAGGGUCUGAAGGAAGCCGUCAUAACUCUGACGGAACAGCAGUCGCCGCCGGCGGCCGGCCCGCACACCCGGCCCCAGAGUUCCGCGGAGCUGCGGGACGCGGUGCUGGCCGACGUUCGCGGCAUGCUGAACGAGGAGCUGCGCCAGCUGCGCCGAGAGCUGCAGGAGCUGAGCCUGGAGGUGGACCAGAUGAAGAACCAGAGGCAGCUAGAGGUGCAGGUGGCACCACAGCUGCAGCAGCUCCCCAUACCGCAAGAGCUGUUUUCCUGCGGUGGCAAGGCCCCCGCCACGACGGCUUCCACCAUCUUCGGGUCGGGGUUUAGUAAGACGACGCACUCUACCGGGACGGUCUCCGGCACGAACGGCGGUAUCAAGCUCGACCAGGCGCCGUCGGCCUGGACUGGCGGUACCACGACCGGCGCCUCUGCUGCCGCCUCCACUGGCUUCAGCUUUGGACCGACCACAGCGCCACCUGCUCAGCCGAGCACGCCGAGCUUCUCGUUCCGUCCGCCGACCGCCGAGGGCGCCACCAGCACACUGGCCAAGGCAAGGGGCGAGAACACCACGGAGGAGGGACCUGUCAGCUCGACCUCUGGCUCUGGCGCCGCGGUCUCCAGUACCACCACCUCCAGCGUCGUGACCUCUGCCCCCGCCGCCGGCGCCGGAGCGGCCACCCCCAACAGCUCCUUCCAUUUCAAGACUGCCCCGUUUGCGUUCGGCGUCGACCAGGGUAAGGUCGUCGAGGCGACUCCCAAGGCCACGUUCGAGCUCGGCGUGUCGUCCGCAGCCUCGUCGCCGUUCAAAUUCUCAUUCGGCGGCGACGCCGACAAGUCUGGAUCCUCGAUCUUCGGAGGAGCGGCGGCAACGGACACAAAGACCACGUCAAUAUUUGGAGGUUCAUCGGGUAACAAGACAACUUCGAACUCCGGAGGAGCGUCGUCAACUGAAACCAAACCUGCGUCUAUUUUCGCAGGAACGCCCUCUUCCGAAACCAAAACCACGUCCAUCUUUGGUACCCCAUCGGUGUUCGGAGGAAAGGGAACUGACAAAGCUGCAUCUCUCUUCGGUGGGGCGACCACCGGCGACAAGACAUCCAAAGAAGACCAGAUAUUCGGCGGCUCCGGGACUGACUCCAAGCCCGCCUCUCUGUUCGGCGGCUUUGGUUUGGCCUCUGGUGCCCAGUCGUCUCCCUUCGGCUCCGGCUCCUCAGUGUUCGGUGGAUGGCCGUCGUUCGGUAGCGCCGCGUCUAAGCCGGCCUCCAGCGAGAGCGGCGCCGCGGCCAAGCCACCUACUCCGGCCAAGCCGUCCGCCCCCAAGGCGCCUGAGCCGGCAAGCUCUGGCUCGGCCCCGUCAGCACCACCGGCCGCCGCCACUGGAUCGACUGGUGCCGGCGCUGCGGCCACCCCGGCCCCGUCAGCACCACCGGCCAUAGAGCACCGGCCCGGCGCAGAUUAA